AUGACGCCCAUGUCGGCUGUCUCGGACUCUUCGAAUAAUGGCCUUAUCGGGUCUCAGGGAGCUCCGAUGUUCCCGCAGACAACCAUUCAGACCUCCUCGGAGAGCACACUGCAGUUCAGGCUCCCUGCCUACUGGCCCGGUGCUUGGAGACAGACAGAUAUAAUGGGGAGACCCACCACUGCUCAUAGUGGUCGGGGCGCUGCGACAGCCGGCCCGAUUCCAGCCAGCUCUUUUUCCUCUGCAGAUAGGAAUCUGACAAACAGAAACGCUUUGACGCAGCCAUCUGAGGGAGAUCAAUUUGCAACCUUGUACGAUCGCAACACUCCAUUACACCGCUACAGCCGACUUCAGGAUCCAAGGCGGAGAAUGAUGAGCAACACCGAGCGACUGAACAGCAAGUUUGAUUCUCGAAUACCACGAGUCACUACCCCAGAGGCGGAGGAGUUUCGAAUGUCUUACCCGGAUCUAAGAGACUACCCGACAUGGAAAGUCAAACUCUACAUGCUAGGGUCAAAAAUAAUGAGGAGGCAACGGAAUGGACGCCCAUACACUGGCCUUCCUGAAGUCACUCCGGAAGAGAUACAAGAAUUCCCAAUACAGUUCAGAUCAAUACCAGGAUUCCGGCCGCACGAAACGCAAAUAUCGGACGCUCACGCGACGGCCUUCCUACAAGCAUUAAAACUUCUAGGAUUAUCUCUUACGGAAGUUAGGCGACUCGCACAGGCUCAUGGUUCUUCUCACUCUGCUCACCUUCUUGAAGCAACUCAGCCAGCCGCUGAUGAUUACGUCCCCGAGUACUUGAUUGAUAAGUUCAUGGACGUCUUUGAGAUCAGCGGAGAGGAAGAAGCAUUUCGGUUCCUGCGAGAAUCGAAAGCAAAGGCUGCCGGAACUAUACAGAAAUCAGGUCCGUCACAUCGCAAGCGGAGCAAAACGGCUACGGAGGAGAGUAAUGAGAGUCCCAACAUGCGCAUGCCGGGCCGCCACGCGAGCAGUGGACGCGUUGUUCGCGAGCAGGCCUUCGCACUGGAUGCUGUCUUCAAUCCACUUGAAGAUGACCCCUACGGCGGUGCUCUUGCCUUUGGGCCCAUGCGCAGCAUGGAUGUUCUAAUCGACGAUAAUCCGGCUGUCCUCGGAAUCACGCGCAUUCAGAACUCGAGGGGCGAGACAAUGGUGGCGGGCUCUUCUGGGCGAUCCGUCCGGAACAAUGACAAUAGUAGCCCAGUACUGAACAGGACAAUUGACAUUUACAUCGAAGAUGACUUGGUGGGCGCGGCAGAGUCGACAGCUCCAGUGGAGAAAUUCAGACGAUUGAUGAGCUCAAGUCCCACUCCGCAGAGCCCGAAGAAGAGAGCUCGGAGGGAAUUAACUGAUGCAGUCACUGAAGAGGACAGUGGUGAUGGUCACGACGUCUAA